GUUGAGCUAUCUAUCUACAUCCCUUCUCCGGUGGCCAGCCACACUUGUUUUCAUUUAAUGAUAUAACCAUCCACCAUCUGCCCACCCUACCCUUCCCUUUUUAUAAUCCAUUCCAAAUUCCCAAUUCAUCUUCAUUUUCCUUUUCAUUUUCAUCUUUACACAAUUAUAUAAUAAACUCUUUUGAUUUAUUUGCACCAUGGAUACUAAUAAUACGGUUGAUAUGGAUAAGGAGAGGUUAACGGCGGAGCUCGCGAUUAAGGAUUCGUCCUCCGUCGUUAUUAAAAUCCGGCGAAAGCUACCAGAUUUUUUACAAUCUGUUAAACUGAAAUAUGUGAAGCUUGGUUAUGGAUAUUCUUGUAACACUGCAACUCUUGUUCUGCUUCUCAUUCUUUUCCCUUUGAUCAUAGCCACUCUCAUUCAGCUCACCGGGCUUAAUCUAGACACGUUCGCCUUGAUUUUCACUAGUGUUGAUACCGUUACUAGUCUAACCGGUGCUGUCGUCUUGUUCUUCAUAUCAGGGGUUUAUUGGGCGAAACGUCCCACUCGGGUUUAUCUCGUGGACUUUGCUUGCUACAAACCCGACGACGAAUGUAAAAUCGCGAACGAAGCGUUCGCGAAAAUGUCUGAAGAAUCCGGAUUUUUCGAAUCAGAAACGUUGAAUUUCCAGAGACGAAUUGCCGGGCGGUCCGGGUUAGGAGACGAGACGUAUUUACCAAAAGCUAUCACAGCUCGGCCUCCGCAACUCACCAUGAAAGAAGCAAGGGCGGAGGCCGAACUUGUGAUGUUCGGUGCCCUGGAUUCGCUCUUUAGCAAAACCGGGGUCCGACCACAGGAAAUUAGCAUCUUGAUAGUGAAUUGUAGCUUGUUUAAUCCAACCCCUUCACUAUCCUCCAUGAUCGUUAACCAUUACAAGCUUCGGCCCGAUAUCAUGAGCUUUAACCUCGGCGGAAUGGGCUGCAGCGCUGGAGUUAUCUCAAUCGACUUGGCGAAAAACCUCUUGAAAGCGAACCCGAACUCGUACGCUGUUGUAUUGAGCAUGGAAAAUGUCACUCUCAACUGGUACCCUGGGAAUGAACGAUCAAUGCUUUUGUGUAACUGCAUUUUUCGUAUGGGCGGCGCCGCCAUGCUGCUCUCGAACAAAUCGAGAGACCGCAGGAGGGCGAAGUAUGAGCUAAUGCACACGGUCCGCACACAUAAGGGGGCGGAUGACAAGUGUUACAACUGUGUUUACCAAAGAGAGGACGAUAAAGGUAUUAUCGGUGUUUCACUUGCACGAGAACUCAUGGCGGUCGCGGGGGAUGCACUCAAGACAAAUAUAACAACUAUGGGACCCUUAGUGCUUCCGUUUUCGGAACAGUUGAUGUUUUUUCUAACACUCGUGAAGCGAAAAGUGUUUAAAAUGAAGGUGAAGCCGUAUAUUCCCGAUUUCAAGCUCGCGUUUGAGCAUUUCUGCAUUCACGCGGGUGGGCGGGCGGUCCUGGAUGAGAUCCACAAGAAUUUGAACCUAACAGACAUGCAUAUGGAGCCAUCGAGGAUGACGUUGUAUCGGUUUGGAAACACGUCUAGUAGUUCUUUGUGGUAUGAAUUGUCGUAUGCGGAAGCCAAAGGACGGGUUUCAAAAGGGGACCGCGUGUGGCAGAUAGCUUUCGGGUCAGGUUUCAAGUGUAACAGCGCGGUUUGGAGAGCGUUGAAGUCGGUUCCGGCCGGGUGUGAGGGUAACCCGUGGGCUGAUUGCAUUGAUAAGUACCCGGUUAAAGUUCCGGUUUAAAUAUUGAACCUUAAAAGGACCAAACAACCUUAAAAAAGACCAAACAAAGUUCAAGUGAUAUUAUUAUAAGGAUUAUUACUACGUAUAGUAAAAGUCUUCUUGUUUUGUUCACACAAGAAGUUGGUGUUUGUAUAUUCAUGGUGGAAAAAAGAAUCACUAGAUAGAAUUUUGGGUCAAGUGUUUUUUUAAUUCCCACAUGAUUAUUUGAUGUUAUAUGUUUUGCAACUGUAUUUGACUUACAGAGAGUGUCAUUUAUCAUGUAUUUAAAUUUGAAUAUAUAUAUAUCUAUUUAGUUA